UACAUUUGUCUGUCACUUCAUUCAACUGAUCUUAAUGUUUAAUCAAUGAAUCAUUCAUUAUGUCCAUGGAUUUCCAACUUGACUGAUUGUUGUCUGGUCAUUUGUAAGUUACACAUUGCUGCAAGAGCUUUCAAUCUAGAAAUACUAAUUGCUAAUUGUGUCCCCCUGAUGAUCACAAUUAGUUACCAUAUAAGUAGAACUGUGUUUGAGACUUUGCACUGUUCAAAUAUGGAGCAGGAUAGACUCGUAGGGAGAGGAAACCUUCAUCGGAGAGGUGGUGGUGCUCCUCGACAGAGAGGUGGUCUUCAGAGAAAUGUAGGCAGAAGACAACGCACCAUCAUCUCUAAUGAAGUCCGGGCCAUCAUUGUUGACCAUGUGGUUAACAGAGGCUUUACCAUGGCUGAGGCUGCCAGAAUUAACAGGAGACAACCUGGUGGUGGUCGCCCACGUGUUUUGACUGACCAGCAGGAGUUGGCUGUGGUGGACAUGGUCAGGGCAAGGAAUGACAUACGGCUGUCUGAAAUCAAACAGGCUAUUGAGAACAGCAAUGACACCUUUGCCAAUGUGCCAUCAAUUAGCCUUCCAACGAUUGCCCGGCUUUUGAAGAAGCACCAGGUUUCCAUGAAACAACUUUACUUGGUUCCUUUUGAGAGGAACAAUGUCCGGGUGAAACAACUGCGUUCAGAAUAUAUUCAGAGGGUGAUGGAGCUGGACGCUGCUGUGAAUCAUCACAAGUAUAUUUUCGUUGAUGAGGCCGGUUUCAAUCUGGCAAAAACUAGACGCAGAGGACGUAACCUUAUUGGACAAAGGGCUACCAUCCAAGUCCCUGGACAACGUGGGGGAAACAUCUCAAUGUGUGCAGCUAUAUCUGAAGAUGGUGUGGUAGGCUGUAGACCAGUUCUAGGGUCAUACAACACUGAACACCUGAUAGUUUUUUUUUAAAAUGAACUGGAGCAGGCCUGUCAGGGAGAAGACAUCGUCUAUGUUGUUGUGUGGGACAAUGUCAGCUUCCACCAUGCACAGCUGGUUCAGGAAUGGUUUCAAACACAUCCUCGCUUCAUGACCCUCUAUCUUCCACCAUAUUCCCCUUUCCUCAACCCAAUUGAGGAAUUCUUCUCUACAUGGAGGUGGAAGGUGUAUGAUCGCCAUCCCCAUGAGCAUGUCUCCCUUCUUCAAGCCAUGUGUGAAGCUUGUGGUGAUAUAACUGCUGAGCAAUGUCAAGCCUGGAUUCGUCAUGCCAGGAGAUUCUUCCCACGGUGCCUGAACAACGAAGACAUCCACUGUGAUGUUGAUGAAAAUUUAUGGCCCAAUGUUAAUGACCGGCUUGAUUAAUUGUGUAAAAGUGAUGAGAAUAAAAUAAAAUGAAAAUAUAUUUUGCUUAUGUAAAUGACUUGUUUUUUUUCUCCCUUUUUCAUGUGUGUGUGUGUGUCUGUGUGUAUGUAUAUGUAUAUGUAUAGUUAUAUAAUUUUUUUUAUGUCUGAACAUAAGUGUAAUAUUUGCUGUGUACAGUUUUACAGUUCAGUUACACUCAUUCAUCACCAAGGACAAUUUGAAUCGCUUACCUUGUAUUAUUUUCUCCUGAAUGAAAUGAUUGGUAAAAGUACUAAGUUGAAAAAAGAGCUUACUGUUUUGUUUGGGUGAUUAAAGCAAAUGUUCUCAAA